AGAUCCGAGAGAGAUUGAAGUGGUGGAGGCACAGCGGGAUGGCGUCAGAGCUGGGGCUGCGGGUGAAUCUUCUGAUGCGCCCCAGGUCAAGCGUUCUACGACUUAUUCCCUAAUUUUCACUCUGAAGGAGAGGCCAGCGGUGAUUGAGGAGACCGAAGACAAGACCUUCCGUGGUGAUAUUAAAGAUGGUGCAAAGCAUUGUUUCGUCUCUUUUCCGGGCAAAUUUGCCUCGGCCUGGGAUGCUCUCAUCCAUGAGGAGGCAGUGCAUUCUGAAAGCAUAGCGUGUGUCUUCCUGUGCACACCGGAAGAUGGUCUUGGCAAACAUGAACCUGAUCCUCUUAGACCGGAAAUUUGCUAUUGCAAAACCAUUUAUGGGGAACGAACUGCAAAAGAGUUUGGCUAUUUCAAGAUUCUGCCAAGAGGAUUCACACCAGAUCAAGAAGAAAAGGCGAGGAAGAAGGCUGCGUCGACAAACACUGUGGUUGUUCGGGAAGAUGCCAGUCAGGAGGAGAAAGAAACAGCUAUGGAGGAGGCUGAGCAGGCAUGGGAGAAGAAUGGCAGGACUGCCGCCUGGGGCUGUAAGUGGUUUCAGGUCUGGAAGGAAAAAGUUGAGGAAGCAGUCAGACAGGAACAAACUCUGAAGGUGGUCUUUUUCCCUGGCCAAGUGGGCCAGGGCAAAGUUGCAUGGAAAGACCUCGCCACAGUACCAGACCUUUGGGACGGCAUUGGCUGCGGUGGUUCCCAGAAGUGCGAGGUGGCCUAUCUGGACAUGAUGCAAGAGAAAUGUGAAAGGGUGCGCCAUCGAGAUGAUAUCCAAAAACUCCUUGAUUCAGUUGGCAAAGACCAGUUUUUGGAAAUCGUGAAACAGAUCCUCCCAGAUGACGUGAAGAUUGUCCGCCAUGAAGACUCCAUUCUUCCCAAUGGCACAGAUUGCUUGCAAUCUGAAAUUCAGGUGGAAACCGUUGAAGCAAUGCAAGAGCUCCGCAACGCAAUUCUGAAUCACAAUUUCGAGAUUAGCCUGAACCAGGAACUGCUUGCAAGGCAACACGGGAGAUUGCAGCUUUGCGUUAACAAGACACACUUUUGCGAAAGCUACGAGCAGCAGCUCUUGAGCAUAUCAAAGCUGACGCGGCAUCAAGCUGAGAAAUACAAGGAAAUUAAAGAAAAGUUCGUUCAACCCAUAAUAAUAUCGGCUGUUGCUGGAGCAGGGAAAACGUUCCUAGCUGUUGAACUCAUGGUCGAUACCCUGAAGCAAAACUCGUCAGGCCUGAGCUUGCACAAUAGGCUGGGCCUUUUGGUCCCCAAUGAUGAGUUCCUACAACAGUUCAAGCAACUCCUCGAUUUGGCUCUGAAGGAGCAUUUUCCAAUGAGAAUCACUAGAGCUCAAGUCCAGGCCAUCGUUAUCAACGAACACAUCUCGGGUGGAUGGCUUGAAUUCCUGGGUUUUCUCAAAUACGAACCUGCGAAGUUUGAAGAAUCCAAAGCAUUGGAAGAAACAAAAGCAGAGGCAGCUGCUCAAGUCAUUUCAGCCCGACCUGAACGCAAUCCAGAAAAGGAUGCUAUUUUCACCGACACGUUGCGCAGUCACGCUUCAGAAAGCAAGAACCAAGAGAAGAAGACCUCUGCGGUGAAUGUCACCACGAGCCUGGUUUGGGACACCGAUGACAAUGACCUGAAUACCGAUACCACAGCAGCCAUCCAGAAGCUGAUGUUCGAUCCUCGCGAGUCAUUGAAGAAGACCUAUCUCGUGCAAGUUCCGCCCGUGUGCUUUUUUCGGUGGGGAUCGCUGCUGCUCACGUUCAUUGGUAUCACUGGCGACCGUUCGCAAUGCCGUGGCCAGGUCAUUGUUGCCAGUGGUUUGAUCGCACUGGGUGCCUUCACUCCAGACUUCCGCGCGAGCGCUGUGAAGCCUGUGAGGGCUUGGGUGGUGGCAGGACUGCCGAACGACUCCUUCAGCAUUGAGAAUGGCAUCAUCAUGGACAAGGAUGGGGCAACCGCUGCUGGUUGUGGCGAAGUUUACGGAUGGCGACUAUCAGCGCUUGGAAGGUUGCAUCCAGCUUGGCAAACCCAUCGAAAAUGUCGAGGAGACGGAUCCGGUGGAACCGGUCCUCUUGCAGACCAAGGGAAGCGCGUGGGACUACAAGACCAGUUGCUGAACAUCGUGGUUGAAAAGGAACGUCUAGAUCUGGCAGAGGAAAAGGCCAGAUUGGUCGAAGGUGACAACAAGGAGCAAUUGGAAGUCACUGAGAAUAAGAUCCUGGAUGUUCUCAGUUCUUCCCAGGGCAACAUCCUUGAAGAUGAAGCUGCAGUGCAGGCCUUCCGGAUCCACUUCCGGGUACACCGAAGUACAGACCAGGACCUGUCACCAUUCGGUUGA